UGGAUAUCAGGGCAGGACAAGCUGUCAGAGAGAAGGGCAGAGGUGUGAGGAGUCACCGGGGGAAGAAGGAGCAUGUUGGAGAAGAAGACAUUAGCUGUCGCAGAAACAUAAGGAGACCCUUCAAAACAUGAAGCACUGAGAGGAGGAAAACAAGAGGGACCCUCUGGAGUAAAACACUUGUCUGGAAGGAGCGGAUAAGAGUUGGGGAAUAUUAGACGUACGAGGCAAAAGAGGAAGUAUGGGGUGCAUUCACAGCACAAGCACUGGCAGGAUGAAGAAACAUGGACCUGAUACUGACACAGGAGGAAUCCCCUUAAAGGCAGACCCCGAGGUACAUCCUGAAAUCCUUCAACUUGCUGAGCUUGCCAAAGCAGGGAGCCACGUCUUCACAGAGAAGAGCUUCAAGAGGAAGCGAGUGUGCGACGUGUGCAAGCAGAACAUCGACAACCCCGGGGCAUUCUGCAAGGAGUGCAAGGUUGCAGUUCACAAGACAUGUGAAGCCAAGGUGACUCCCACCUGUACCUCAACACUGGACCUGCAGGGCUCCACUAAAUCUACACCACAGAAGAAGAGAGGCUCCAUAUUAAGGAAUAAAAGUGUGGAACAAGUGAUGGAGCAUGUGAUGGAGUGCCACUAUGACUUUGACCUCACCUACAUCACGGAGAGGAUCAUCUCGGUCUUCUUCCUACCAGACCUGGAGGAGCAGCGCUACCGCAGAAACCUACAGGAAGUGGCCUCCAUGCUAAAAUCCAAGCACCAAGACAAGUUCUUGCUACUAAAUUUAUCAGAGAAGAGACAUGACAUCACCAGACUUAACCCAAAGGUUCAAGACUACGGCUGGCCUGAUGUUCACGCCCCGCCCCUGGACAGGAUUUGUGCUGUUUGUAAAGCCAUGGAGACCUGGCUGACCUCUGAUCCCCACAAUGUAGUGGUUCUCCACUGCAAGGGAAACAAAGGGAAGACAGGGGUCAUUGUGGCUGCCUACAUGCACUACAGCAAGAUAUCAGCUGGAGCGGACCAGGCUCUCACCACGCUAGCAAUGAGAAAGUUCUGUGAAGACAAAGUAUCCUCUUCCCUACAGCCCUCUCAAAACAGGUACAUCUACUACUUUGGCGGCUUGCUGUCUGGUACCAUCAAAAUGAACAGCAGCCCUCUGUUCCUCCACCAGGUCCUCAUUCCAUCACUACCAAACUUUCAGGCGGGAGGAGGUUUCUACCCUUUCCUGAAAAUCUACCAGUCGCUACAGCUGGUCUACACCUCGGGCGUCUAUGAUCCCCAGAGCUCCAGGGCAAGGAAGCUGUGUGUGACUAUGGAGCCAGCACUAUUAUUAAAGGGGGACAUUAUGGUGAAGUGCUACCACCGACGGAGUCGAGCAGCAGAGAGGGAAGUGGUGUUCAGAGUCCAGUUCCACACCUGUACUGUUCAUGGAGCCCAGCUGUGGUUUGGCAAGACUGAACUGGACCUGGCCUGCACAGAUGACAGGUUCUCUCCAGAUGCUACAGUCGAGUUUAUAUUCUCCAAUGGGCCAGAAAAAAUGAAAGGUCGAGAAUACCGCAAGAACGACGCCUCCAUCAAAGUGGACUACAACACCUCCGACCCUGUGGUCAGGUGGGAUUCUUACGAGAACUUCAACCUGCACCACCAAGACAGCAUGGAAAAUAUCUCUCAUACGAGGGGCCCUCUGGACGGCAGCCUGUACGCCCAAGUGAGGAAGCGUCGUGGGCCAGGCUCGACUGCCUCAGCAGCAUCACCCAACGGAUGCCUUACUAGCAGCCCAACAGUCAAGCCUCAGACUCCCAGUCAGCCCCAGCCUCUCACCUACACCUCUGACUCUAGACGCUCCUCUGUCCCCUCUGAUCAACUGGAAGAGACCUCUCCAUCCAUAAACCACCCAGAAAGAGAAAACGUUGACAGUCCAUCGAGAAGAGGGGGCGGGGAUGAUAAAGGAAAGGAGAAAACAAGAGGGAAAGAAAGGGACAGAGAGACAGCAAUUUUAGAUGACGGAGACCCUUCAAGUCCUGGGGGUUUGAGGCGAGAGCACUCACGUUGCAGUCAAGGAGGUACAAAGUGUGGUGAUGUUGGAUGGGAGAGAGAACGAGAGCCCUGCCUUUCUAAAAGUCAUUGUCUUGGCCGUUGUAGCAGCAUUAAAAAACAUCCAAAAAGCCAAACUCUUCCUGCCUUACCAUACAAAUCUGUGUCCCCGCCUCCCCAUUCAACUCAUAUGGAACUCUGCCAUCGACAUAGCGCCCAUCCUCUACCAGAGUUACCCUGGGAACGUCCAACCCCACCCCCGCCUCUGCCCUGUCUCCUCAGGCCCUGCUACCCUUAUUCCACCCCUGAACGCAGCCACCCACACAGCCACACCCUCCCAGCCUCAAACAGACUCUGCACUGGGGAAGAGUGUCACCUCUUCCAUUAUUCCAGCCACAAUCCAGUCUCUCAUCUCUCCCAUCAGUCACUGCCUUCUAGCCCUUACAGGGAAAUGUUCUUCAGUGCUCCAACACCAUCCUCUGGCUGCCCCUGUCGGGACUGCUCCGGUAGGCGAGAGCACCAAUCAGCCUCAGUUAGAACAUUCCACCCGUUGCACCCUGAUCAAUCAGAAAACCCACACUGGUCCCAAGGAGCAGGGGUACAACGAACAAGAGAGGUGCCUCCACUGUGGGAAAGUGAAAAUCCAUGGGAGGUGGCAAGAGAGGCGGAGAUCUGGCAGUGCAAAUCAGCCUUGCCGGCAUUUCGCAUCUGUCACUCCACUUUGGAUCAGGGCCCAAACCCAGACCAUCCAAGAUAUGCCAUCGGACCUCACCAGGGCUACCCCAGUCCCCAGUCUCUGAUAGAUGUGCGGGAUGGAGCCAGCAGUGGGUACCACACCCCUCCACAGCCCUGCCACUCCUGUCCCUGCUCUCCUUAUCAGUCAUCCCCAGCUGAGAGCCAUGAGAGCCGGGGUUACGCAUCAGGGUACCACUCUGGAUCAGCCUCGCCUCUGCCCGCUAGUAGCCCCUCUCCAGGGAGAGGCAGGCUGCCCGAGACCCCCUCUCAAUCUAGAGACCACCAGGACGCUGAGCAUCACAAAGUCGAAAAGGCCAUGUCUGAUGUGCCUGAUGACAUAUCCCAGGGUUCAGAGAGUAAAUCGGACUCUAAUGGCCAGUCAAGCACCCCUGGACUGGACUCUGAUCAUGACUACACAGUCAUUGGUAGCAGCAGUCCCACACACACAGAAGACAGUGUAACUGUUGAUAGCCCUCCACAAAGCCAAGAAACCUCGACACACCUGGAGUCCAACACAAGUAACAGCAAAACUAUCACACCGGUGCCAAGAGAAACACAAACCCAAAGUUCCGACAUUUCCAUAAACUCCACACAGUCAUCAAGUGAGCAGAGUUUGAGCUCUGAUGGUAAGCUUGGAGCAGCUAGGAUCACAGGAAGUGCAGAGGGAUCUAACCAAUUACAGAAGUCAAGUUAUGCCACUGUCAUCAUCACCCCGGUCCAGGUGCAACUGAACGGCUCUGCCCUUCCUAGUGAUACCCCAUCUGACAGCAGCAGAGGUGUGUCCAUGAACUGUUCUGCCAGUCUCAGUUCUAGCCCUUCCACCACUUCCCCAAAUUCUCCUAUUGGUUCCCCAGACCUCCAGUCUUCUCCCCAGCGCUCCACGUCAGCUACAGAUGCAGCAGGACAAAGACUGACUCCAGACAGAGACAGCUCAUCCAACACCAAACCACCAUCACCUGUGCCCGACGGAUAUCACACACCAACCUUCCCCUUAGCGUCCUAUUACUACCCAUUAUUAAACGUCCCUCAUGUACCAUACACUGGGUACACUGCAGUCACCAUCCCAGCCAUUCAGCCACCGCUUCCCGAGAAGAAACGACUUUCAACCACACCAGGAUCCUUGAACGGACACAACUCUCUACUCCGGGUCUCCUCAGCUCCUUCUCCCACACACCACGUUACUUUCUCCUCCUCUGUGGGAGAGCAGAGAUGGGGGUCUGCCCAACACAGCUGUAGGGAAGAGGCAGACAUCAAGGUCAAUGCAAAGUUUGUCCAGGACAGCUCCAAGUACUGGUACAAACCAGGCAUCUCCAGAGACCAAGCCAUAGCUGUGUUGAAGGACAAGGAACCAGGAACUUUCCUCAUCAGAGACAGUAACUCCUUCCAGGGGGCCUACGGCCUGGCACUCAAGGUGGCUACCCCACCUCCUAAUGCCAACAUCAUUGGCAGCAAAGGGGAUCCUCUGGAACAGCUGGUAAGACACUUCCUCAUCGAGACGGGGCCACGGGGAGUGAAGAUCAAGGGCUGUCAGAACGAGUCCUACUUCGGAAGUUUAUCUGCCCUAGUGUACCAGCAUUCAAUUACUCCCAUCUCCCUGCCUUGUGCCCUUCGCAUCCCAGGAAAAGAUUUGGUUGGGGAGCUUCAGGAGAUGCAGACUGCAACAAACACCAGCACAGCAGCUGACCUCCUCAAACAAGGAGCAGCUUGCAACGUGCUGUACCUGAACUCUGUGGAAACCGAGUCGUUGACUGGGCCUGAGGCAGUUUCCAAGGCAACCAAGUGUACCUUAGCUCUGAGUCCACGUCCAGCGGCAACAAUGGUCCACUUCAAAGUGUCCUCUCAGGGCAUCACUCUAACCGACAGCAAAAGGAGACUGUUUUUCAGGAGACACUACCCAAUCAGCAGUGUGACUUUCAGCAGUCUCGACCCCCACGACCAGAGGUGGACUAAUUCUGAUAGCACGUCAAGCAAGAUGUUUGGCUUUGUGGCGAGGCGGACGGGCAGUACUACAGAGAAUGUAUGUCACCUGUUUGCAGAGAUGGACCCUGAGCAACCAGCUGUUGCGAUUGUCAACUUUAUCAACAAAGUCAUGCUGGGACCACAGCUACACAGAUGAGAGUUUGAAAAAGUCUGGACUAUUGGGGAUCUGGGGGAGAUGUUAAUAUGAUUUUGACAUAUUUCUUUUUAAUGAAGUGUGUGCGUGUAACUUCAUUUUUGCUUGCAUUUGUACAGGUGGCACCACUGUGCUUGGCUGUAUGACUGUUUUUAUAACAGCAUCCAGUUCUGAUUAGUAUUGUUUAUUUGUCAGUUAACAGAGCGAACAGCUAGAGAGACAUAGUUCAAUAAACCAAAAAGUGACCUAACUUUGGUAAGCUAAGCCAAAGGAGAUUGAAAUAAGAGUUUAUGGGUUGUUUUGUUUAUUUUGCUGUUGGUAAAGUUAUUGUUAUCCUGUUUCAACAAGUUCACACAAUGAACAACAAACAUCACAAGCUGCUUGAGUGACAAUCCGUUUGCCACACUGUUAUUUGUAUUAAAGUUUCUCUACAUCAACACUUAAAGCUUAAGUAGACAUGGAAGGUCUUCAACAAUGUAGUAGAAGGUAAGAGUCAUGUUUUAAGGUGUAAAGUGGCAUAAUUAUCCUUAUGUAAUGUCAGGAGGUGAUGAAAUAAAAGAGAGAGGUUAUGUAUUGCGACUAUCUAAGGAGAAAGUGUAUUUGGCUACAUUUAAACUCAAUGGUUUUCUACAUGUUUUAACAAUCAGCAUUUUUCCCAUUGCAAUUAUACUAACUUAUAAGUGUAUUUUUACUGAAGUGAUAACCACAGAUGCAGUGGAGUAUUACACUCACUGCACCUACAAUGUAAAACACAGACGGGGAGAUUAUUUAAUAAAAUGGAAUCUGGCUACUAACUACAUAGUCAAGUAAAAGGGAGAUCAGCCUUAAAACAGAACUAACAAACAGUACAAUAAAUAAAAAACCUUACUUUGUGAAGUUAAAUAUGUGAAGGAAUCAAAAGACGUUCUCAUAUGAGUCAAUGUACAAUGUCUGCAAUGUUGGUAAUGCCAUUAGAGCCUUACCACAGAUUAGUCUUGGCCUUGUUUUUGUCCCUAUUCAACUAACCAGUAUCCAUGGCAACACAUGUGAGUUAUGUUUUAGAGGGGAGUUUAACUUUAAGCCAAAGAAUUCAAUACUGUGUAAAGAUAAAGACAUUUUGAACGUUUAAUUUUCUUUUUCAUUACUUUUUGUUGUUGUUUGAUAUGUGUGUUUUCUAUAAAUGGCCAUAUAUACAGUAUUUAGAUGACUUCAGCACAAUCAUUAUUUUUCAUAAUGGAUUUUUAUGUAAAAGAAGUAAUAUAUUUUAGUCCUCUGAGGUGUUGAGAAGAACGGUAUAUGUCAUGUUUGACAGGAACUUUAUGUAAUAAAAUAAAAUCAAAUGCAAA